AUGGCUGGCCUCGUGGAGAAGCUCGUGAAGCUCGUCGGACGCGCUUUCUACUCGGACGAGCACAUUAUAGUCCUCGGUGCCUUAAUUCGCGAAAAGUUCAUGAAGGAUGACGAGAUGGGGAACGCUGUCAACCUACAGACGCGUCAAGUGCGCAAGAUCAUGAACGAACUGCAUCAGGACAACCUCGUCUGCGAGGAAGUGCUGAACGACAAGCGUGUGGGCGGCAGCUCGUCGACGUCGUACUGGUACAUUGACUACAAGUACUUUGUUGACGUGGUGCAGUUCCGACUGUACUUGAUGCAUGAACAUCUGAAAGACAGCGAGCAGCUCGAGCUCGAGCGCCAGACUUUUCAGUGCAGUGACCCCGAAUGUGGACGGGAAUACACGGCGCUUGAAGCGCAGCUAUUGCUCAUGCCGGGACAGUUUCAAUUCCGCUGUGGCCAUUGUAACGAGCUGCUGCUUGAAUGUGACAACAACGAUCGGCUCUUGCGGAUUCAGAACUUGCAGCGCAAGUUUAAGGAUCAGAUGAACAAGCAGAACGGAAUGCAUGAAGGCAUUUACGAAGUCCUUCGGCGCAUCGGUGACUUUGUGAAAGAAGGCCAUGCGCUCCCGAAUAACUUGCCAAGUGACAAUCGGGCUGCUGGAUUAGGUGGGAACAACGGUCGUGCUGCGAAUGGCACGAGUGGAGGUGGUGGUGGACGUAGUGGUGCUAGCGGUGGAGGAGGCGGUAAUCGUGCUGACGAUCCGAAAAGCCAGUCCUACUUGUAUCCAUAUGGUGCACGAGACCAGGAGAUCGUCGUCGACAUUGUUGGCAAUGACCAGGCAGAUGACGAGUAUUUAACGAACAGAGAUCGGAAAGAGGACAAAGAGGCUGCGAAUCAGAAUGUUGCUGCUCCUCGAGCAUUACCCGAGUUCUUGCUCGGCAGUUCAAUUAGUGGCCAUAUGGUCGCUAAGCACGUGCAGUCUGCUGCUGUGGUUGCAGAAGAGAAGACUGGCGUCGUGAAUAAUGGCAUUCAAGGCGUGGACAAUCUUACUCAGAGCGAAAUGACCGAGGAACAGCGGCAGGAAGCGUUCAAGCGUGCGUACAUGGCAGAGCUAGAGCGCUACAACGAAGAGAACCAGGAAGGCGAAGUGCAGGUUGAGGUUGACAAGCAGGGUUGGGAUGCUGAGAUGAACAGUGAUGUGGAUGAAGAGGAGCUAGAAGACGUUGAGUGGGAGUGGUGCACCGACGACGAGGGUGGUAGCACGGAUAUCGAGGUCACUGUGAACGGCCAACGCAAGCGAUUAGAUGGCGUGGACGACGAGGAUCUGCUUUGCAUGACGGAAGAAGAGUUUUUGAGCUGCUACCGGAUGUGCUUGGCUGAGAACGGUGAGUCUCGUCAAUGA